CUCUCUCUCUCUCUCUCUACCUCUCUACCUCCCUCUCUCUCUCUCUCUCUCCUUCCCACACUCACAAGCUCUCCAGCAGGAGCUCAGACUCAUCGCCUCUGACACCACCAGCCUCGUCUGCCUUUCCUCAACAUGAGAGGCCUCCUCCUCCUCCUCUUCCUCGCCAGCCUCCUCUUCCUCGCCGGGGCCCAGACCCAAGCCCUGAUGGACUACCUGGAGCGCAGGCUGCUGGCUAUUGAGGACCGCAUCUCCACCUGGCACGAGCAGACCAACCGCUACGCCACGGAGCUGCGGGAGUUCAAGCAGCAGAUGGUGGGCCUGCUGGAGAACCUGGACAAGGACCGGGAGACCCUGCGCAUCGAGCUCGGGGGCGUGGGGUCGCGCGUGGAGCGCAUGGAGCGGGAGAUGGACUACCUGGAGACGCAGAACGGCGCGCAGCCCUGCGUGGACGUGGACGACAAGCUGGUGGAGCACGAGGUCACCGUCGUCAAGGAGAAGAACAGGGCCAAGUACGCCAAGCUCACGGACUGCAGGGACAUGAUCUCCAGCAUCAAAGCCAUGAAGAUCCUGAAAAGAGUGGGCGGGGCCAAGGGAAUGUGGACCAAGGACACGGGCAGGAGCUCCGCCAAGGUCUACAUCUUUAACGGGACCAGCGGGGAGGACACGCUCUACGAGUUCAGCUCCGUCCGGGACUUCACCGCCUCCACGGGGAUGUCCCGCGGCAAGCCCGUCCAGCUGCCCUUCCCCUGGGGUGGGACGGGGCACACCAUCUACAACGGCUACGCCUACUACGUGAGGGAGGGGGCGGAGUUCCAGGUGAUCAAGUACGACCUGCAGAACGGGACGGUGGCGGACAGCGCGGUGUUCCCCGCCCGGGACCAGGUGCCCGUGUACGCGCUCACCCCCGAGACCUACAUCGACCUGGCGGCGGACGAGGAGGGCCUGUGGGCCAUCUACGCCACCCGGGAGAACGAGAACGCCAUCUGCCUGGCCAAGGUGGACCCGGAGACGCUGGACGUCGAGCAGACGUGGGACACGCCCUGCCCGCGGGAGGGCGCCGAGGCCGCCUUCGUCAUCUGCGGGACGAUGUACGUGGUCUACAACACCCGGCAGGCCAGCCGCUCCCGCGUGCAGUGCGUCUUCGACGUGGGCGAGAUGGUGACCAGCGACGACGCCCCGCUGGUGUACUUCCCCAAGCGCUACGGCGCCCACUCCAGCCUGAAGUACAACCCCCUGGAGCAGCUCGUCUACGCCUGGGACGACGGCUACCAGAUCCUCUACAAGCUGGCCAUGAAGAAGAAGCUGGAGGUAUGAAGGCAGCCGGCGAGAUCCUCAAGUUCCUCGAGUUUGUGCUGGUCUUAUGAGUCACGGUCCCCCCCCCCCCAAAAAUACCGACAUGGAUCUGGGCCACACGGCUUGUUUUGUAGUCUAAAUGUCCUGCUCUACCUUCGCAGACUUACGGCAAGACUCAUGUGUGAUUGGGUUUCAUUUUCCCAAAUGCAGUAGCAGCCCUAUAGGUACCUUUCACUGAAAACGUGUUUAAUAGCAAAUAUCUAAAUAUUUUUAUCUAAAUAUGUUGUUGUUUUUUUGACGUCCUUGGAUAUAUUUAGGAAUACUACUUCUUUUUUUUUCAUGGGUAAGAUAUUAAAAGAUGGCCGUCUUUUUAGACAGCCAACAGACAAGGACUGCUCAUUUAGGGGUCCGGCCGUAGAACCUGGCAGCUGCAGCAACAUCACAACACUCAUUCAAAGUGCAUUCCAAUACUUAUUCUUACUGUAGUAUCUUAGAUGAGAGAGAACAGUGUGGGGUUGUUCUCUUUUCACGGUGUCAGAAUCACGAUUUUCUGCGAAGAGUUCAUGUUAUUCAAAGGCCAGCUGCCCUGCUGCCAUUUUCAAAUGAACGAUCUAUGCAGAUCAUGUAUGCAGAAAAUGUCUGUAUCAUAUACUUAUGCCAUUUAUAUUAAUAUGGUGUAUCCCAAUUUUCUUUCAGCAACCAAGAAGUUAUAAAGUAAUUAAUGUUUCAUGUUUUUUUAUUGUUACUGACGUUAUGCAGUGUGUGCUUAUACUGCGCACAAGCUCGUCAAAAUAAAUCAUUUUGUGUGA